AAUUGGAUCCCGAGAGGCUUGGCUCUUUUUCAACGGUUUGGCAUAAAAAGUGACAUCAGUUUUGCUUUCUGGUUUCCAUUUCUCUUUUGUGGGGUCAGCUGCAGAGAAACAGGAAAAGAAACCAGCAGCUGCUGUUAUAUAUGGGCCUGUUAGUGCCUCAUUAGAAGUCAGAGGAAGAGGGUGCCUGGAGAGUGCCUGCAGCCCUACACCCAGCCCUUUGACACAGCUGAGAGUUACAGGGCUAUCAUGAGCGCAACCACUGAGAAAUCCUUGGAGAGCAGACUGCAGCAGCUAAAAUGCCAUUUCACCUGGAACCUGAUGGGAAGAGAUGAGUCCUUGGACGAGUUUGAGGACAGGGUGUUUAACAGGAACGAGUUCCGGAACAAUGAAUUUAAAGCCACCACGUGCAACUUACUGGCCUACGUAAAGCACCACAGAGGUCUAAACGAGGCAGCCCUGGAGUGCUUAGGGGAAGCUGAGGACCUCAUCCAGCAACAGCACCCUGACCAAGUAGAAAUCAGAAGCCUGGUCACCUGGGGAAACUACGCUUGGGUCUACUAUCACAUGGGCCAGCACUCAAAAGCUCAGGCUUACCUGGACAAGGUGAGACAGGUCUGCGAGAAGUUUUCCAGCCCCUACAGCAUUGAGAGCCCAGAGCUUGACUGUGAGGAAGGGUGGACCCGAUUAAAGUGCACCAAAAACCAAAACGAGAGAGUGAAAGUGUGCUUUGAGAAGGCUCUGGAAAAGGACCCGAAGAACCCAGAAUUCACCUCCGGAUGGGCCAUAGCGAACUACCGUCUUGACUACUGGCCAGCAUCGAAUGACUCCACUGGCUCUCUGAAGCAAGCUGUUAGUCUCUCUCCAGACAACGCUUAUAUUAAAGUCCUGUUGGCGCUAAAGCUUGAUCCCAUGCAUGAAAAUCAAGCAAAGGAGCUAGUUGAAGAAGCCUUAAAGAAAGACCCAAGUGAGACAGAUACACUGCUCAGUGCAGCCAGGUUUUAUUACAAGAGGCAUGACGCAGACGGAGCUAUACGGUUGCUGAGAAAGGCUUUAGAAUCCCUGCCCCACAAUGCCUAUGUGCACUACCACAUUGGAUGCUGCUAUAGGUCCAAAGUCCUUCAACUAUUGAACUCAAGACAAAUUGCACUGAAUGGAGGUAGAGAGAACUUCGAGGAACUAAUGCAGCUAGCACUGAAGCACUUGAGGAAAGCGGAGGAAGUCAAGGGGAUACUUGACCGCUCCUGUAGCUAUCUUGCUGGUCUUUAUAUCAUAGCAGGCCGGUAUGAAGAAGCGGAUUACUACUUCCAGAAAGAAUUCAACACGGUGCAUGCUCCUGGCGCUAAACAGUUGCUCCACCUACAGUAUGGCAAUUUUCAGUUUUUUCAAAUGAAGUGUGAAGCCAAGGCCAUCCACUAUUAUAUGGAGGGUGUAAAAAUAAAGCGGGAAACAAAGCCAAAGGCAAAGAUGAGAAGCAAACUUCAAAGAAUUGCCCUAAGGCGGCUUUCUAAAGAUGAAUAUGAUUCCGAGGCCUUGCGCAUCCUAGCAUUUCUUGAAGAGCUGAACGGAGAAAGUCAGCAAGCUGAGAAAGACUCUGAGAGGGAAGUGGACGCUGCAAACCACGCCCCUUCACCAUCUUUGGAUGAAGCAGGGGAUGAAUGCUCAUGA